CGAUUUGAAUGCUGGCCGAGAAGUCUCCCAUUGCGAGGUGGCGGCGGCGGUGCGCGUGGCUGUGUGCGCGUGGCUGUGUGCGCGCUGUCCCCGAGAGCACCCUGUGUACCGGUUUAUUCUGCGUUUGUAGAUGAACGAAAAAGUGUAGAUGAAAGAGAAAUCUAGCGGAACACGCGGUUAAGUUCAUUCACAGCUGUGUGUGUGUGUGUGUGUGUGUGUGUGCGCAGACCACAGCAGGGCAACACAAACAGCUGCUCGGUCGCUUGGUUGUAGCUAAACACAAAGCUAGCUUGCGUGCUUUCCUCGCCACCACCACCAUGACCUCCUCCGCCGAGAGGAACCGAGCUUGUUUCAGGGUUUUUAGCAUCUCAGCUGACUGGGAGAGUCUGCGGAGCCGGAUUUCUCCUCUGGGUUUCUGCUAAGCCACUGUGACAUCUAGAUCUGCAAUCUGUAAGACGCAGGCUGCUCCUGCAGUGAGUCAGUAUCAUGGAGGCAGGCAGCGGGGCUGCUGCAGUGGUGGGGAGUACAGCGCUAGGACUGUUCACAGCUACAGGAAGUCAUGACAUCUCUGACAGGGGACUGAGGCCUGGUCGCAACCUGGAAGCCGACGACAUAGUGCCUGAGCUUGCCAGGAGUAUCCACCCGCGGGAAAGGCCUGACUGGGAGGAAACCAUCAGCGCUAUGGCACGGAGUGCAGAAAUCCCAGAACUGAGCAGUGAGCCGCUGAUCCGCUCCUGCAGCAGCACCGCCAGCAUGAAGGUCAAGAACGUAAAAAAAUUGUCAUUCACCAAGGGCCACUUCCCAAAGUUAGCCGAAUGUGCGCAUUUCCACUAUGAAAACGUGGACUUUGGGAGCAUACAGUUGAGCCUUGCUGAAGAGCAGAGUGAAGUAAGCCGGAAUGGCCUGGAGUCGAAAGAGCUCGUGUACCUGGUUCACAUCUACUGUCAGGGACGAAGCUGGAUGGUGAGGCGCAGCUAUGAAGACUUCCGUGUCCUGGACAAACACCUCCAUCUGUGUAUCUAUGACCGGCGCUUUUCCCAGCUCCCAGAGCUGCCUCGAUAUGACAGCUUGAGGGAGAGAGCAGAGGCAGUUUCCCAGAUGCUGAUGGCUUACCUUUCUCGUCUCUCAGCAAUUGCUGAUAACAAGAUAAACUGUGGGCCAGUCCUAACGUGGAUGGAGGUUGACAACAAAGGGAAUCGUCUGCUGGUGCAUGAAGAAUCCUCCAUCAAUGUCCCAGCCAUCGCAGCUGCCCACGUCAUUAAGCGCUAUAUCGCCCAGGCGGCUGAUGAGCUGUCAUUUGAGGUUGGAGACAUUGUAUCAGUGAUUGACAUGCCUCCUAAAGAGGAUACCACAUGGUGGAGAGGGAAGCAUGGGUUCCAGGUUGGCUUCUUUCCCAGUGAGUGCGUAGAGCUGAUUAACGACAAGGUCCCUCAGUCUGUCACCAAUUCAGUGCCAAAACCAGCGUCCCCCUGCUCUGCUCUGCGGCCGGCCUCCUGGAGUCUCUUCCCACCCUAUUUGGAGAUGGAGAGUGUAAAGCAGGACAGUGCAUUGGCACCCGACCCAUUAAACCCCUACAGGCUGAGCUCAGUAUCCAAGAAGCACGGGAAGUUGAUCACGUUCCUGCGCACCUUCAUGAAGUCCCGGCCCACAAAGCAGAAGCUGAAGCAGCGAGGGAUCCUCAGAGAGAGGGUGUUCGGCUGUGACCUGGGAGAGCACCUCCUCAACUCCGGCCACGAUGUCCCCCAGGUGCUUAAGAGCUGCACAGAGUUCAUUGAGAAGCAUGGAAUUGUGGAUGGAAUGUAUCGGCUCUCUGGGAUUGCAUCCAAUAUCCAGAAAUUGCGGCAUGAAUUUGAUUCAGAGCAGAUCCCAGAUCUGACCAAAGAUGUUUACAUCCAGGAUAUCCACUGCGUGGGCUCACUGUGCAAGCUCUAUUUCCGAGAGCUGCCUAACCCACUGCUCACCUACCAACUUUAUGAGAAAUUCUCGGAGGCAGUUUCAGCAGCUACAGAUGAGGAGAGGCUAAUCAAAAUACAUGAUGUCAUCCAGCAGCUGCCUCCUCCGCAUUACAGGACCUUGGAGUUUCUGAUGAGGCAUUUGUCACGGUUAGCAGCAUUUAGCUAUGUGACCAACAUGCACACUAAGAAUUUGGCCAUCGUUUGGGCCCCCAACCUACUGAGGUCUAAGCAGAUAGAGUCUGCAUGCUUCAGUGGAACAGCUGCCUUCAUGGAGGUACGAAUACAGUCAGUUGUGGUUGAGUUCAUCCUGAACCACGUGGAUGUUCUCUUCAGCCCUAAGCUGAGUUCACUGAUCAGAGAAGGAGCUGGUCACAACUCUUUGUCUCGUCCUAAAUCCCUGCUAGUACCUUCACCUUCCACCAAGCUGCUUACAUUAGAGGAAGCUCAGGCACGCACACAAGCCCAAAUCAACUCUCCUGUUACUGCAGAUAGCAAGUAUAUUGAAGUGGGAGAAGGACCUGCUGCCUUACAGGGCAAAUUCCACACAGUCAUUGAGUUCCCUACUGAAAGAAAAAGGCAACCUAUUAAAUCAAAGAAGUCACCAGUUGGCAGUUGGCGGUCAUUUUUUAACCUUGGCAAGUCUUCCUCUACGUCUAAGCGCAAACUGCACCGGAACCCAAGUGAACCUAAUGAACUCAAAGCCAUGGCAUUAGGAGGAAGCAGAGGAGAUACUGGCACUCUUCGAUCUGCGAAGAGUGAGGAGUCUCUCAGUUCAUUGCACAAUGUUGAAGGAGAGUCUAAAGUGUACCGGCCCCGCAGGCCACGCUCCAGUAGUGACGCCCUCUCCACAUCCUUUAAUGGUGACCUGAUGGACAGCCGACAGCACUGCAAUUCUUAUGAUAACAUAGAUCAUGGAGACAGUGAAGGGGAUGAUGGCCCAAUCUGUGUGCCAGCUCUUAUUUCCCCACCACGCUCCACUGAUGAUGUGGAUUUGAGCCCCCCUGACAUUGGCAUGGCCACUUUGGACUUUGACCCUAUGUCUUUCCAAUGCAGCCUGCCCUUGGCAGAGAGCUCCGCCAUUUCUGCUGACACUGAAGCUGUAAGUCUCAAGAGGAGUCCUUGCAGUGCCAGUGACUCAGAGCCAGUCUCGCCUGUCAGACCGAAGAUUACUAGCCUUCAGCAGUCUCCUGAUCUCAGUCCAGCCUUUAGAAGUGCUUCUAACUCUUCUGAGAAAAUUAUAUUCCAGCCUUCUGAGAGCUGUGAAAUGUUUGCAGUGUUGCCACCAUUACGUAUAUCUCAAUCUACUGAUACCUCCAUAGUUAGUAAAGGAUCAGAGAGCCCUGAGCAUCAGCCAUCUCCAACUUCUCCUCCACCUCUCCAGGAUUCUCCAGCCAAAAUUAGCCUAUUGUCUUUUAAAUCCACUGAUUUGCCUCUAAGUGAAGCUAUUCAGCUAGAGCUUCUCUCCAAAUCUGUUUCAUGUGAGAAUAAUGAGGCAUUAGGGAUAGAUGCAUUACAACAAAUCAGUGCUCAGGAACAAGCAGGAGCUGUAGCUCUGGACUCACCAAACAGCACUGCUCCAGUCAGCUCUGUGUCUCUACUUCCUCCUCCUCCCCAACCAAAGAACACUGCCCGCAUGCUGGCUUUAGCAUUAGCUGAAUCUGCUCAGCAGGCUACCUUUCUAUCUCAGAGGGAAUCCUCCGAACCUCCCACACCUGUUUCACCCCUCAGGUCACAGGAGUUUCUGGAAACCCUUGACUGGCCACCCCCUCCCACCCUUAAACAGCAGACUUCCCAAGAAGAAACAGCAGAUGUGCCACAAUUUCCUGCUCCUUCCUCUUCAUCUGCUUCCUGCACCCCAACUGAAACACUAACCCAGUCCACCAGCAUGCAUCUCAUCAUAGAUGACAGUGAAAAGUCUCCCAGUAUGUCUGGAAAUAGAGAGGAUACUGUCAGUUCGGUGGCUUCCAGCAAAGUUGCUUCUCCUAGCCAACCUGUUCAACUUUCCCCCACACAUAACAGUCCAGAGAGGCAGCAGCCUUCCGUUGGGCAGACACCAGCCAGCACUGAAACCUGCAGCACCACCACAGCUACCACCACAUACACCACUAGUAGAAAGGAACUUGUAGUCACACCGCAACCAAGUUCUAUGGUUCAGAGUCCUGAAAGUGUUUUGCCAGCACCAACCACAAAAUCCCUGGAACAGCCAGUAGCUGUUCUCCAGCCUCAGCGUAAGAUACAGGUUCAGUUACAACCUCAACCACAGCUUCAUUCUCAGUGUCAGCCUCAAACGCAGUCCAAGAAUCAGCCUAAUGCACGAGUUGCGCCUACAACAGCAACAUCCCCAGAGCUGUCUGGAGAGAGACCUUGGGAAUCUAUAAAGCCUGUAAAUCUUCGAAUGGAAAGUGUUAGCCAUCAUCAAACUCAUGGGACCACACCACCACCACCACCCCCUGUUCGCUCAAUUGAAAGUAAACUAGCAGCAGCAGCUCUGUGUAAAACUGAAGCUGCCAAUGCAGCUCCUUAUCAUGCUAUGUUGGGAGAGGGAUCUAUGCCCCCAUCACUGGAUGACACACUCCCAAAGCCUCAUCCAUCACAACGCAAGUCUUCCGUUCAUCUGUCAGCUUAUGUUUACCACUCUAAAGGAGAGACAGGCGUAAUAGAGCCCACUGGAGAGGCCUAUUACCAUCAAAGACCUACCCCUGCUGGGCCAUCAUCCAUGGGUUGUCAUUACCGGCCUGACAGUGUGCCCCCUCAUCUAUCAUAUGUAUCUAAGUCAGAGCCUCAGAUUCCUUACAGAGCCCAUGGCGAUGGUCGCUACAAUACAAUUGGACCAAGGUCCUUCCACCAGUCAAUGAAAUCUCGUGAAGCAAUGAGGGGUGAAUAUAUUUCCCCAGGAUCACUGCACCGCAGCCAUGGCUACAGCUCAAUAGAUGGACAUGCCGCAUAUCCAACAAUUCGCCGGGUGCACUCUCUACAUGUCCCACCCACUGCCAUCCGGUCUGCGCCAGUAACUAGAACAGAGGUUCCUCCAGAUGAUGAUCUCUAUUACUAUCAGCGCCCAGUCUACCACUGCAAGUCUUACCAACAGCCCUCACAAGCGGAAUAUCAUGUCACUCAACUGCAACCUUACUUUGAGAAUGGAAGAGUCCAGUACCGGUACAGCCCUUACUCUGGCACUCACCCUCUUGAUGUUCCCUACUAUGAUGUGGAUCCUUAUGGUACUGUUCGUUUACGCCAUUACCACUCAUUCAGUAGUCGUGACGCUGGUCCUCACCUCAGCAGGUCAGGGGCCAAAUCAGGUGGCUAUCACUACUUGUCACGGCAUGCCAUUCCUGUGAAAGAGCAUACAAUUGUAAGUAGGGACAUGCCUCCCUACCAUGGCCCAAAAGGAGCUGUUUACUAUGCUUGGGAUCCAGAGGAAGCAGAAAGGCUACGGAUGCAUUCUAUUCGCAGAGAAAGUCGGGCCAGGCAAAAGGUGAAAGGCCCCAUCAUGUCGCAGUAUGACAACGUGGGGCCCUACAUGCCAGGGGAUAUUGGGGGAUUAGAAGUGCUACACCUGCGCAGUAAGUCUGAUCCUGGUAAAGCUGUGUUAGUCACUUCUGAAGGAAAAGAUGGGAGAUGCAGUGUAACUCCUGGACCUCAGCAUGUCUCCAGACACCUGAUGUCGGACCCAGACGUUCUCAUGUAUAUGGAAACCGAGAAACACUGCCAGGGAAAUGGAAUGGGAGAAAGAGUUGCUGCACCAAAACAAAGCAGCUCCAGGACCUAUCAGUCCACCCAUUCACAUCUGUCACAACCUCCCCCACGAAGCAUGCCACAUCUAUCAGAAGGUAGCCAUCUUGAGUCCAAGUGUGACCCAGGAGACAAUCAGAUGAGCAGUAAACACUGGCAGGAUCACCCAGACAGCAAAAGCUACCAAGCUCGAUAUGAUCGCCCAGAUCCAGAGCGGCAUAUAGGAAGGGUCAAAACCAAUAGCAGCAGUGAAGAUGACCAGAAGACGGCCCCCGUGAAGCCUGUUCCCCCUCCCAAACCAGAGAGAUCUCAUAGUGUUAGAGAACGGCAUCACUACAACCAAACUAAUCAUCCUCCCUCACAGGACUCUUUUUCUCACCAACCGCAUGGACAGAGACAAAGUACUGUUACUCAACAAUCUCACUAUGAUAAUCUGGACGAUUAUCAUCCAGUACCUCAUUCACAAACCCCAUUGCCAAACCGCAGUGGUUCGAGCUUGUACAGUGCCCCUGGGUACUCAGCUUCACACACUAAUCGCGCAUACUCCACUGCCUUGGGACAGGGUGCUUUUAUCCGAGCUGAGCUUGCCAUGCAGAGGCCCGAAGCAGAGAUUAAUGCAGAGUAAAAAGGAUGUGUAAUAACAGACUAAUACGUUGAGAUUUAAAAUGUUGACAACAGUUUCAAAAAGUUCAGCAGCCUCUGCAGGACAGUGGACUGUUAUGACUUUAUCCAUUUAAUUUCCUCUCAUUUUGUAAUGUGUAAAAUGUGUAAAGACUUUUUUAUGGAACUGAAUGUACCACGAUUUCUUCAGUAGAGUAAAAAAGCCACAUUGUGACAUUAAGAAACGUGGAGGUCAUCCUGUAAAUAUUGUAUGUGAUUGACAAAUGGUACAAUUACCUGAACCAGAAAAGUAAUGUAUAUCAGAAAAAAUACUACUGGUUAUAAGGGAUUUUUUUAUGUUCUGUUUUGUUAUAUUAGAAUCACUUGGGCUUGGGUUUGAUUUUGGGAUAAAGGUUUGCAUUUUAGAAAUGCAUGUAAUCUAUCUCUUACAGAACAGUUCUGUGUACCUUGAUAUUCAUUGUGUACUUUAAAUGUUACAGUAACGGUGGAGGAGAAUGUCUGUGUUAACAUCUUACCCUCUCACUACUCUGUGUACACGACUAGGCAGUACGUUAACCUGUACUUCUCUGCCUUUGGGUUGGAGACCGAAAAUGUGCAAUCUCAUCAUUUGUUCUCCAACUGUGCCAUAUAAUAUUACUAUUAUACUAUAUAUAUAUAUAUAAAUAUAUAUGUAUUUUUGCUAUAAAUUCAAUUCAACAGACUAGAUUUUAAUGGUAAGGUUAGUGUGUGAAGGACCAAAUGAUGAAUGAGGUUUUGUAGUUGAGGAAGCAUUCCUGCAGCUUGCUUGGUUAAUGAAUAAGGUUAAGAGUGCCAGUGGGUUGACCAGUGAGCCUUGUCUUUCUCCCACUUCAGAAACAAAAGGCAAGGAAAAACAUGUUCCUGACUGUAUGUCUGUGAAGGGUUUCAGUGAUCCAGGUUAAUGAAUGUGUAGUGGUAAGCGCAUGGAGGGAGUUGUAGUAUGAUCUUGUGGACGUUUCACCACUCAUCUAAAGAGCUUCAUCAGUUCUACUGAGUAGCUGAAAAUUUCCCAGUUUUAAACCUCUAAUGAUCACACAACACUGGCAGGUCUAGAGGUGUAAAUUGGUGUGAGCCAGCAGUUGAUCACAACUCUCAGGUGAUGAGCGCAGAGGUGCCAACAUUUACAGUUUUGCCAUAGAAUUUAUUUUUGACCCCUUGGUACAGCAGCAUAGGAGACAUCUAAAAACUACUGAUCUGCUUUGCUAUUUCAGAUAAAAGCAGCGGUCAUUCCAAAUGCAAAUAAAAGCCACUUCAUUAAAGGAGAAAGAAUACGAGACGUGAAUGGAUGCGACUGCAGGACUCUGGUCGGUAUGAAAAACAGAGGAGCUACUUAUUAUUAAGAAGAGGUCACACUGGACUUUUGCUUUGCUGUUUUACAGUUUCACUGGUACACACAUGUGGGGAAAAUUAACCGUCUUUCCCAAUGACAUUGGCUAAGGUGUUUUUUUUGUGUGUGGUCAAAUUCUCUGUCUACUGGGAUAGUGGUGUUAGCAAUGUUGGCACCUUUAUAAGAAGAAUGUCUUCAAAAUUAUCCUACCAGCUUAUUUGCCUUUCCUACCUUUAGACUUAGUUAUAGGAUUAUGAUUACAGAGGCUAGCAGCUGAAAACUGAAAUGUAACACAAUUAUUUAGACACAUUUUCAAACCAGCACCUUGAUGAAAUAUUUUCUCCAACUGAUAUGUUUCAUGUAGACAUCUUUUAAGGCAAAAUUUUCCAUUGAGACCCUUUGCUGAAAUGGUCUGUUCAUGUAUUUUACUUGUAUCAGUUGUGCUUUACAUGUAUUUCAGAGCACAUGGUCUGUGUGAGAUAGGAAAGUCUCAUUUCUCAAAGAUAAAUAUAAAUCUUAUACACAUAAAGAAAAGGGAAGCUGAGGUUGUGUUGGUCACACCAGAUGCAUGUUUAUAUUUUGUUUAAAUGUUGUAAAGGUGCAAAGGAAUUUUUGCAUAACGUUGUGUUUUAAUCUGUAAUUCACUUUAAUGGGGUCAGAACGAACACUACAAGCGACCUUUUACACGACAUGCUUAUGAUUAUAAGAGGUAUUGCCCUGUCUCUUGUAUCACACUUUCGUCAGGUCUCGCCAAUAGUCUUAUUAAGUGUUUUUUCAUUGUUAUGGGCACUUUUAUGAUUGAAAUUAACCUGCCUUGUUUUUUUUCUGUUGGUUUUUUUUUUUAGACUGUGAAAAAGAUGGUUGGGUGACUAGAAAAAUGCUAAAUAAAAGCUUAUGUAUAGCAUUCUUUAUGGGACUAAUUUGAAAAAUAUGUUUAGAUUGCUGCAGUAAUGACUGCAGCUGGAACCUUUCCCUGGAGCUGAGAUGUCAGAGCCUGAUUCAGCCUGACCCUCUGUGUCCUGUAGAUGUUGGUGUGUAAGUGAUUAUCACUGUAGAGUUUGUUCACUGCAAAACAAAUUCUGCUAUUACAGCAUUCUUCUGAGCUAUACAGAAAAUCCACCCACAGACAUUAAUGUCACGUGUUGUUAGUGUAUAUACACAUUCCCCCAUAUUAUCCAUAAAUCUCUUCAGGUUUUCUUAGGCUAAAAUCUGUUUUGAUGAAGUUGGAUCAUAGAUGCAUUGCUAUAGAACAUUAAAUUGGACGAACUUAAAAUUCUCCAGAUCCUUGAUUUGAGCAGUAUAGUGUUAUUUUAACAACCACAAAUAAAUCACACAACGCUCAGUCCUUCUCGAGUUACAGAGCGAUUUUAUUCUUCUGUUCAUUUUCUUCACAUUUACACAGCAGAGUAGGUUUACGUUUGCACUUCCCAGUGCCUUUAACAAUCUGGCUUUACACAAGCUUUUAUUGAGUUUAACUGUCCAGGGAAUGUUUCAAACACUAAAUCAUCCAUCCAUUUUCCGUACCGCUUAUCCUACACAGGGUCGCAGAGGAACCUGGAGCCUAUCCCAGGGAACUCGGGGCACAAGGCGGGGGACACUCUGGACAGGGUGCCAACCCAUCACAGAGCACAUUAAAUCAUCCAGUUUAGUGUUAUUUUUUCCCCACAGAAAGGAAGGAAGUCAUACAUUCUGCUUAAUUCAAAUGGACAAAGUUAGCAAACCACUUUAUAUACUGUAUAUACUUCACUCUUUUUUUACAAAAUGUCUCAAAGAGCCAGGCGCUACUCUCUCCCCGUUUCUCCCCAUUUAUAGAAAAAUAAUUAACAAUAGGG